AUGAGGGGCAAUGGAGACGGGUCCCUGCUUGGAGAAGCAGACGAAGACCCUCCCUUGCCCUCCCAGAUGCCCUUAUGCAAUAGAUCAGAGGGUCGGGAGCUUGAGGACCAGACAAGUAAUAAUGUAGAUGAAGUCCAUCCAGGGGGCAUAUUGGAGAUAACAUCUGUAGAAAUUGGAGUUGUGGCGGUUAAGUCUAUUAAAAGCAACUAUUACUUAGCCAUGAACAAGAAAGGAAAAGUCUACGGCUCUAAGGAGUUUAACAGUGAUUGCAAAUUGAAGGAAAGAAUAGAAGAAAAUGGUUAUAACACAUAUGCAUCCUUAAAUUGGAAGCACAAUGGAAGGCAAAUGUUUGUGGCCCUGAAUGGAAGGGGAGCCACAAAGAGAGGACAGAAAACAAGAAGGAAAAACACUUCAGCUCACUUUCUUCCAAUGGUAGUAAUGUCAUAG